AGAAAUGAAGCUUUUCUAGCCAGAUUUUGAUAAAUUAUUCAUCUAAAAUCGCUUUUACAAGGAGAGAAAUGAAAGCAGUAAUCAUGAAGUACAAGAUAGCCUCUUCGUUUUUCAUCACUCUCUUCUAUGUUCAAGCUUUUUCACAACCAUUACCACCAUCACAGGUAGAUCCAGCUUGCAGGUUGGAUUUCAGCGCAUAUCCUUACCAGCCAACUGGUGGAUGCACUAGUGUUGAAGAAACGGACAAGAACUGGAAUAGUUUCCCGAAAACGAGUUGCUGCCAAAAUGCCCUCAAAGUGUUAUCACACGCAUUAGCCCUGCACGCACGAAAUGAUGCAUUGGGAAGUAUCUUCAUCCCGGAAAAUCAGUGGAAAAACUGUAGCAAUCCCUUUGAGCUUCAGCCUGGUGUUUCUCUUGAAACCUGUGGCUUUGACAAUUUUUUCAAUGGAAAUGGAAAUGGAAAUUGCUCUCUACUUCAAUUGUCAAACAUCUUCGCAGAAAAUCAAGAUGUUAUAUACCAGUGUUCCCUAUUCAAUUCUUCUUUAUUUGAUGAUGCCUGUGGAAACUGCACCACGGCAAUAUCAAAUGCGAGAGAUGCUAUGUCGGCUCAGGGAAACGAAACUGAAAAAGCUACCUGUCUUUUGGCUCUUAUUGUCUCAGUAAUAGCUAGGAACAUGAAUAAUACUUCUAUAGUAAAUGAUUUCGACAGGUGCUUGCCUGCCUUGGCUGUUCCAGUUCCAGAGGCUGGGAAUUACUUUAAACUCAACUAUACACUGGCAGAAACAAUAUUUGCAAUUGUUUUAGUGAUCAUUGGGCUAACAUUCAUCAUUAUGCUGAUAAACUGUGGAAUGAAGAGUGGAAAUCAGAAGAAAAAACCUGUUCAGACAACAGAUAUUACUUCCGAAUUGUCUGGCCUCUAUAGAUUCUCCAAAACCGAGAUUAACAAUGCACUUCAUUAUGGUGGUGAAAAGAAGUACCUUGGAAGAGGCAGUGCAGGGCAGGUUUACAGAGGGAUGCUACCCAGUGGACAACUCGUGGCAAUUAAGCAAAUAUAUAAGGGUAAUAAGAGCAACACUUCAGAUUCUUUCUACAGAGAAAUCGAUGGUCUUUCAAGAGUUAGACAUCCAAACCUUGUCUGCCUGUUUGGUUGCUGCAUUGAAAAUGGUGAUCAGUACUUAGUCUACGAAUAUUGUUCAGCCGGAAAUCUAGCUCAAAAUGUUCUGAGGAAAGACACUGUCCUAACUUGGGAUAGAAGGGUCAAAAUCCUAAGGGACUGCGCAUUUGCUCUCAAAUAUCUCCAUAAUCAUAUAGAUGGCUGCAUUGUUCACAGAGAUAUCAAGCUGACUAAUAUUCUUUUGACUGAGAAGUUUGUUCCUAAGCUGUCUGAUUUUGGUUUAGCCAAGAUGCUAGGAAUGGAUGAGACUAAAGUAUUUACAGAUGUCCGCGGAACCAUAGGUUAUAUGGACCCCGAAUAUAUGAGCAAUGCCAAAUUGACUUGUGCUAGUGAUAUCUACAGUUUUGGCAUUGUUAUACUGCAACUUUUAUCCGGACAAAGAGUAAUCGAACUCGAUUUGGAGGCAAGAGAUCAACUCACAAGAAAGGCGAAGGAUGUGAACAUGGGGAAACGUCCAUUGACAGAUUUUCAGGACCCUAGGCUGAAAGGAAGUGCGAAUACUCUAGAUUUUGAAGCCAUAUUGCAAAUUGCAGUACUUUGUGUGGCAAGUUCGAGCAGAGGUCGUCCAACGAUAGAUUUGGUUUUCGAUGAAUUGGACAAGGCUUGGAGAAACACAGAGGCUGGAAAGAAAGCAAAGGAGAGACACUCACCUGCCAGUAUACCAUCCAAAUCACCAGAACUGAUUCACGUUUGAAAAUAGGACCUUGCUGUGUGUACACAAUGGUGUACACUCACAUGGAAGGUGGCCCACACGUAAUAAAAUAUUCGUGGGCUCCCCUCCGUGUGAGCGGGGUGUAAAGCCGUGUGUACACCACGAGGUGUACACACGGCAUUUUCCUUGAAAAUAUGACUGUGAGAGAGAGAUUUUAAGUAACUUUUUUUUUUUUUUUUUUUGGGUACUUUUUUGAGAUGCUUGAAUAGACCAUAGCAGUGUGAAAAUGUAUAAUCAUCCAUUGUAAAUGAUGCAAAUUUUCAUUUCUACAUUCUCCAUUUCUUCCCCACUAUAAGUUUUCGCUUUGCUUUCGAUUCUGACUACAAAAGCUGCUUGAGAAACUAAACGUUGUCUAUUGAUCUUAUAUCAAUCUAAGCUAAGACAACGAAGAAGCAAUGACUUUCAAAUAUAUGGUCUACCGUUAUUUGGAUAUUACAUGUAAAAGCUGAACUGGCUACGCACAGAA